AGUUUUGACGUCAGACGUCUCAGAGAGUUCGUUCUGCAUGUUCAGUAUCCUGUCAGAAGAAAGAUCAGAAGAACACAGAGAAACACACCGAGGAAACACACACACACACACACAGACUCAGGAUGUCGAGCGCUCUGGUUGUGUGUGAGGUGGACGAUGGUCUGCAGGAGAAGCUGAAGAAGUUCAGAUUCCGCAAAGAGACCAGCAACGCUGCCAUACUGAUGAAGAUCGAUAUGCAGAAGCAGCUGGUGGUGCUGGAGGAGGAGUAUGAGGACAUUUCUCUGGAUGAGCUGAGAGAGGAGCUUCCCGAGCGUCAGCCACGGUAUAUCGUGUACAGUUAUAAACUGACUCACGGUGAUGGUCGAGUGUCGUACCCACUCUGCUUCAUCUUCUGCAGUCCAGUGGGCUGUAAACCAGAGCAGCAGAUGAUGUACGCCGGCAGUAAGAACAGACUGGUGCAGUCAGCGGAGCUCACCAAGAUUUUUGAGGUUCGCAACCCAGAUGAUCUGACUGAGGACUGGCUGAAGCAGAAACUGUCCUUUUUCCGCUAAACUGUGAGCAAACAUGAUGAAAUAAAUCAGAAACAGCAUGUGAAUCUCUGUUCAGCGCUUUUAAAUGUUUGAUAAUUCACUGUUUUCCUGCUCAAAACAUUAAAUAUUGCCUGAA